UACUUAUUGAGUUUCUUGUUUCUUUGUUUAAUAUUUUAAUUGUUUGUCAUUUGAUUUUUUAAUUCUAACAAUUAGUCACAAAAUUGGUCAAUUGAUUGAGGAGAAAAAAAUGUUAACAAGAAAGCGAAAAAAAAGUAAAGAGUAACAACUUCCUGGCAAUCAAGUCGAUGUUGGUUGUGUGUCUUGGCAUCAACAUGGUGAUUGAGAAAAUUAUUUUUUCUUUUCUCAAUUAAAUCAAUUGGUGAUUUAAUUUUUUUUUUCUUCUUCUUCUGCUUGUUGUCAAUUACCUUAUUUGACAGUAAACAAAACAAUCUUCUUUUUACCUGGACAAAUUUUCAGUUAAAUUGUAACAGAUCAACAUGAUGAAGAUUGUGAGAGAGGGAAAAUGUUUUUUUUUCCACCACAACAUUUGCAUCAAUGUUGACAAGUUUUCACCUUAAUUUCGGAUCAUCUAAUCCAAUCACCAGCAAUCAAAGGUCUAAUCAACUUUUUCUUUCUCUUUAAUUAACAUUCAACCUUCAUCAGUAAUUUGGAAUAACAAGAAGGAAGUGGUUUAAGAAAAGACUGGACAGUGAUUGAUUAAUUGGUGGUUUUCGAAGAGAAGAAAAAAAGUUGACCAUUCGAAAAGUAAUAAAACAUGUUUUCCAAUGGAAUAAGUGUGUUCUCCUCUCUAAUUGGACUAUUGAUCUUAAUUAAUUUGAGUAAAUUGACCGCUGGAGAAAAGGAAAGAUUUUCUAAUUUCUAUGCUGCUCCUGAUAAUAUUGAAUUAAUCGCAAUGGCGAGUGACCAUUCACCUCAUCAUUCUCACCAUCAACGAUCCUCUUCUUCACCUUCCCACCACAAUCAACAUUCACGUCAAUCAUCACCUCGAUCAGAAUUUCGUGGUAAAUCAUCAUCUCCCUCAUCAUCACCUCCAUCACCGAGAAAACCUUCUCACUCAGAAUAUUCUAGUGAUGAACCGAGAUUCUCAAUCGGUUUAGGAACUUUGGCUCCUUCUUAUUCACAGAAAUUCGGUGCCGAUGGACGAACUCGACUUGACUUUGACCACCGGUCAAACGGAUUCUCUUAUUCUCUGACAAACAAUCACCACCCAGAACCCAAACAAGAUCAACAACCAAAUUACGCUGAUUCCCCACACGAUUCAAAGGAUGGAAAUGUUAAAAUUUAUUACGAUCAACGAUUCUCUCCUUAUGCCGCUGCCGAGACAAAUAAUUACUUUUCUCGAGUUCCUUUCGUAAUGUCCAAUACUCCUGCUAUUCGACCUUUACAAGGUCAAUCUCCCCUUUCAUCUCGAUUUGCUGAUCUAUUUGCUAAGUAUGCACCUAAAGGUGAUGAGAAAACAUCCGAGUAUCGAGAUGAAUCGGGUUCGGAUAGUCCACCUCAAAGUUCAUUCUAUUCUGGAAAUUCUGAUGAAGGUCGAUCAUCAGAUGGAUCAUCUUCCGAUGAAUAUCAAAGUGGAAUGUAUAACCCCCGAUACGAUGAAAGUGAAAAUCGUAAGCCCGAUGGACCAAGUGGAUUCGGUGCUGGUGAUUACGAGGGUGGAUCUUUUCUUGGAUCAAAUUCUGAUGACGGUGGUUCCGGAGAUGAAGGUUACACUUUUCCACUUCCCUUCCACAAGAAAGAUGGAUCCGACUUUCUGAUGAGAUCACAUCCCGAAGGUUCCCUUGAAUUUGUCAGUCGAAUCGGUUCCCAUGUUGGAUCAGGUGAUCUCAAUGACUUCGGCUCCAAUUCUGGACUUGAACCCGUUGUUUUCAGCUCAAAUAUUGGACAUUACAGUGGCCUUGACAAUAACGACGCUUUCUCAGCCUACAUCGCUGGUCUACCAUUGACUCCUUAAUCAUUAAAUCACUUUAAUCAUCCUCAUCAUUUUUAAUUUAAUCCUAUUUUUUUGUAUAUUCAUUUAAAUACUAACAAUUUACUCAUUCUCACAUAAUUGUAACAAUCAAGCUACUUAUCAGAGUUAAUUUAAGUUCACUCAAACUGCUAAUCUAAAUUGUUUGUAAAGACUAAUGUAUCAUAUGUAUUUAAUUACUUAAUCACUCAACUAAUUGGUUAUGUAUUGAUUGAAACAUGAUCCAAGGUAAAAUAUACAAGUGAUUACAAUCAAAGUAAAAAAAAAAUAAUAACCAACUAUAA